UUCGCGCUUUCCAACAACCAAAUUCCUUUCCCUCGACAAUCACUCUCUCAUUCCGUAACCUUCAAUAUUUAAUUUAAUGUUACUCUCUUUAUUUACAUUUACCGCGUUUUCUUUUCUUUUUUCUUCAUCCAAACCGAACAAAACAAAACGACCACGAGAACUGAGUUACGCUCCGUCGUUUUCAAAUUCCACUGGCAUCUUCAGUUUUCUUCUGAACGCGAUCAACGUGCAUUUCUAAAUUACGGAUUCGGCUUUCCUUGUUAAUCUCACCGUCACGGGUUGCAGCAUCUUCGUCGCCGUCCAAUCAGAGAACGGGUUUGUGGGGUUGGGUUGAGGGGGGGUUUUCAGGUUGCUAAGCUGCCGCUGAACAAUCUAUGCGUGGUGGUGGUGAUAGUAGCAGCUUAGGGUGUGUGGCUUCUGCUGGAUGUGUGUCGGGUGCAGGAUAAAUGCGUGUCACCGGGGAUCUAGGGUUUUCGAGCCUGAUCCUUGUGGUGGUCUGUGUGGUCCUCCCGGUGAUCGGUUUUCUAAUUCGCCGUAAAUGGCGUCUUUCGGUGGCUAGGAAGGAGGAGAUCAAGAGGCUUUUGAUUUUGGCCGCCGAGGAAACUGCCAAGGCCGAAAGAGAAGCGUCCUAUGUGUAUGUCACGCCGGUUACCGCCGCUGCGAGCAAUCAAUGCGCCGUGUGCCAUUUUCCCGCCACCGCGCGCUGCGCUCAGUGCAAAUCCGUUCGCUACUGUUCUUUUGAGUGCCAAACUGUUCAUUGGCGUCAAGGUCACAAAUUAGAAUGCCGUCCUCCUAGCACAACUCACCGGAGUGAUGAUGUAAGCAGUGAAGUAGUCGAGCAAGACUACUCUGGAAUCCAUGGCGAGAAGUCUAAAAGUGACAGUACAGAGUGUAAAACAACCUCCGAGAAAACCCCAAUUUCUGAUACCAGCUUUUCUCCAAAAGUUUCACUUGAAAAGGAUGAAAAUAUUAGAGUUGAGUCCCUUGCGGAGGUAAAUAUAACAGAUUCUAAUUCUGAAUUAUCCAGUAACUCAUUUUCUGGAUUCUCAGCUUCCACAAAUUCUAGCGAUUCAUCUGAUGAUUCCUCUGUCUGUGAGAGCAUCAUCUCAAAUGAACAUGACAGGCCAGAGGGACAUAUUUUUGUUGAUCCCACCCUUGACAUUCCUGAUAACACUUCUGGUGAUAAUAACAUGGGUGUAGCCAUGUCUUCUUCACCAAAGUUUGCUAUUUUGGUUGAUUCAGUAGAUGGUUUUUCUACGAUGCACAAAUUUAAUCAUGACAGACCUGGUUUUAGUAAAGAAGAGAGAAAACUUGCACCCAAUGCUACUUCAGGUUCAAGUAUGUGGAAGGGGAAAACAAUUGAACCUUCUAGAGAGUUUUCUGGAUUCUGGGACAAAACUCUUGAUUCAAGGGGGAUUGGUGAAGAUGCUAAGUCUGACACUCAUCCAUCCCAUUCUGAUGAAUCCAUGGCCAAAAAGGCUGAUUCUGGAUCUUCAUUUCACUUUUCAUUCAGUAGUAACAUGCUUCCUCUGCAUGUACAAGAUACUAAGGCCAAGGAUUCUGUGUUGGAUAAUGCAUUUCCAAACUGUGUUGGGGAUAAUAUGCCAUGUCCAGGAUCAGCAUCAUCUGAGAAUGACAGCAUGAAUUCUUCAAAGGUGAGGAAUUUCUCCUUCAUCAACAGCAGAGUCUCCAAUGUUAUGAACCAUGGUACUCCAAGUGGAUCUGAAUCUGAUCAACUGGAAUCUAAGGACAGCUCUGGGCCACAUUUAUCUUCUUUCUCCCCUCAUUCAUCCAGUGUUGGCAAAGAUUCAGGUUGUGCUGAUGCUUUGAGCAUCCAUAACUUGCAAUCAGUUGGCUCUGUGGUAUCAAAUCAUAUUGUGGACAAGUGUGGCAGCACCUUGAAAUCUACUAAAAUUAGAUGCCUGACACGUGAACUUUCUGAUUCUAAUUUAGCUUCUGGAACUGAAGAGCAUUCACAUUCAAGUACAAAAUGUGGGAAUAAUGGCAUUGAAUCUAGCACUCGAACUGCCACUUCCUCUCAGGUUUCCAGCUGUUCUGCCAAUUCUAAGAGUGGCUUGAAAACAUCUGUUUUAAAGGUUGUUGAUCAGUUUAGGGGAUCAAAUUUGUCAAAGCACUUUCCAUUAGCUGUUGGGAAUGAUAUUACUGGAAGAUACAAUGACAAGGGUCUUUUCCCAUAUGAAUUGUUUGUCAAGCUUUAUAACUUGAACAAGGUGGAGUUUUGCCCUUUUGGUCUUAUAAACUGUGGAAACAGCUGCUAUGCUAAUGCUGUGCUUCAGUGCUUAGCAUUUACACCACCUCUUACUGCUUAUUUGCUUCAAGGAUUACAUUCUAAAUCAUGUGUAAAUAAAAAAUGGUGUUUCACGUGUGAAUUUGAAAGUUUGAUUUUGAAGUCAAAAGGUACAAAAUCUUCAGUGUCUCCUCUGGGCAUAAUCUCUCAUCUACAGAAUAUUGGGAGUCAGCUUGGUAAUGGCAGAGAAGAAGACGCACAUGAAUUUCUUAGGCAUGUGAUUGACACAAUGCAAUCUGUUUGCCUUAUGGAAGCUGGGGCUAAUGCAUCGGGCUCAUCAGAAGAGGACACUACUCUAAUGGGUCUAACAUUUGGAGGUUACAUUCGAUCAAAGAUAAAAUGCAUGAAAUGUGGUGGAAAGUCUGAGCGUCAGGAAAGGAUUAUGGAUCUGACUGUUGAGAUAGAAGGGGAGAUAACAACCCUGGUGGAGGCCCUUCGACGGUUUACAAGCACUGAGACUUUGGAUGGAGAAAACAAGUACCAUUGUGUCAGAUGCAAAUCUUAUGAGAAGGCCAAGAAAAAGCUGACAGUUUCAGAGGCACCCAAUGUUCUUACCGUUGCAUUAAAGAGAUUUCAGUCUGGGAAAUUUGGGAAGCUCAACAAGCCAAUUCAAUUUCCUGAAAUACUUGACUUGGCACCUUUCAUGAGUGGGACUAGUGAUAAAUCACCCAUAUACAGAUUGUAUGGGGUAGUUGUUCACUUGGAUAUCAUGAAUGCUGCCUUUUCAGGUCACUAUGUGUGCUAUGUGAAGAAUAUCCAAAACAAGUGGUUCAAGGUUGAUGACAGUGUGGUGACGGCUGUUGAAUUGGAGAGAGUCUUGACAAAAGGAGCAUAUAUGCUUUUUUAUGCAAGGUGCUCGCCAAGGGCCCCAAGAUUAAUUAGGAACAGGAUAAUAUCCCCAGAUUCCAAAAGCAAAGUCAGUGGAAAGACUCUUACUACAAAAGCAAGAUAUAUAUCUACAAAUUCUGGCACUGCUGAACAUGUCAAUAGUUUAAUUUCUCCAGACGGAUCACCUGCCUUAGAAACUUUCUAUUCAAAGUUUCACCAUCUGAAAAGGAUUUUAGAAGAAGACUCAUCUAGUGAUAAUUCAUCCCUUAUCAGCAGCAAUUCUGAUGAAGGUUCUUGCAGUACAGAUAGUACCCGUGAUUCAACCAGCACAGAUGACUUCUCAGAUUAUAUUUUUGGUGAUUCAGGGAAUGGCUGGAGUAGCAUGUGGAGGAAUUCCGAUUCUGACUCAUCCUCAUCCUCUUCAUCUUCUCCCUUGAACUCUCGACAUUCACCCCUAUCUGAUAUGGACCGGUAUGAUUCAGUUUCACCAGAUGGAUCUGGUUUGCGAAUUCCCACAGUUUUAAGUCCAGUGAUAGAUGAUCCUUUAUACAGAAACAGACUGGCGGAUGUUGAAAGGAGGGAGAUAGUUGUUUCUCGUUUACAUACUGACCCAACUUUACAAAAUAGAAAGUUAGAUAGUGAUAGGAUUAGUAGCAAUAGUAGUAGUAGUAGUAGUAGUAGUAGUAGGGAGACUGACCCUUUUCUGAAACUAGGAUCUAACCAUUUUAAUGAUAUAGGCUCUGGUGUAUCACGUAGAAAGUCGAGGAAAAGAACGGAUUGAAACUUUUGUCAGUAGGCGGAGCUCCGGAGCAGUAAAUAAUGAGGGAUGCUCUACGUAAUGUACUCUUGAAGGUGGCAUUCUUUUUACGAAGAAAUUUAGCUACAUCAUUUUGCCAAUAACUUAACUAGAUGUAGAUAUAGACUGCUGUAACUUCGUUAUAAAAAAUUCAAUGGAAUUUCUUUUAUUACUAAAGAUACAAAUAUUUGAAAUAAAGAGUAUUAUUUUCUU